AUGGUGGGACGCCAUGGAACUCUCCAUGCGUCUGGGACAAGGGGCCCCAAAUACCGAACCUCCUGUGAUCGAUGCCAAGCCGCAAAGGUCAAGUGCGGCCAUGAAAAGCCGUCGUGCAGGAGAUGCACCUAUCACAAGGUAGAAUGCGUCUACGGCAUCUCUCGUCGUAUGGGCAGGCCAAGGGCCAGGAAGAGUCCCGCCAAAGACUCGUCUCCUUCGCCGCAAGCUUCCACCAACAGUGCAUCAGACGAGAACAGUAGGUCCAAGCCAGCAACGCCAGCAGUCACCUUUGGCGAAGCAGAGCCGGCAGUGGAGAUCCAGCAGAGCAGUCCAGCGAUAAACGCUGAAGGAGGCAGUCUCUCGACGGAGUCUGCGCACAUAUCAGAGCCUUGGGCGGCCUCAUUGGCCACGCACUUCGAACCGCCAGAACUCGAUCAAAUUGCAGCUGAAGGUAUUCAUAAUGAUCCGAUGCUUGAGUCAUUGCGUACGCCGUUGGCAUUCCUGUCGACCCCUACAGAAAAUAGAAUGGAUCUUGAUGAUUACAACGGCUACCCAACCAUGAGCGCAUUUCUUGACGACAUCUCAGACUCCAUGAUAUCACAGCAGCCCAUUCCUACACCAUCAGCACUGGAGAUUCUAGACCCUCAAGCCUUGAUUCCAACGGAAAUUCCAGUUGGUAAUCCACAGGAAUCGUUUGGUCAGGUCAAUACAAUUCCAACGCCGGUGCAGACCGCGCAGUCUGGGAACAGCUCAAACACCAUCCGUCGGACAGACGCCCAUCACCAGUCCAGUCCAUCAUCUGUGUCAAAGGGGCGUGUCUCAAUUGACCAGUCAAUGAGCGACAUGUUGCUCAGCUUGACAAACCACGAAGACAAAAAUCAUGCGGCCAGACCAUCAAACGGGACGCAUGUCGAGCCUCACUACGACACACGGCCCAUGUCAAAGAGUGGCAAACUGUCUGUUCACGAGAAAGAUGAUGGCUGCUGCAACUGCCACAUCGUCGUCACGGACUGCAUUGUGUCGCUCAAGGCAGAGCAACAGAGGUCUGGCUUAGUGCCUAUCGACUGUGCCCUGAGGAUGGAGACGGAGGUAGAGACGUCUCUCUCUGCGGUGCACGAGUGUCAAAGCUGCCGUUGCGAGAGCAGCAUACACCUCCUCUCACUUGUUGGCGUUCGGCUGAUGCUAGAUAUACUACAAAAGACAGUGAGGGAUGAAUUUGUCAUGCGUCCAAGGCGGAUCAAUAGUGGAACGAUCUCUAUUAACAACAGCGACAUUCUCUGGAUAGGUAGCUUCAAGGUCUCUCCCAAGACGCGCUGCCGCUUCCUCAAGAAGCUUGUUCAGGCGCGGUUUUGUAGGCUCGCGAUGCUCGUGGAAAGGGGCGGCAAGGUGGUGACCAGUGGCCCUGCACGAGACUGUUACUCCCAGUCUGGAGACUUAUUGCUGGAGGACAUCUCAAAAGGACUACGGACAACUAUGGGUUGGGUGACGCUGUGGAAUUCAAAGCAUUGA